AUGCGAAUAUUACCUAGAGGUUUGCAAAAAUACAAGUCAUUGGUAACCCAGAUUCACAGUUUUAGAUCGACGAGUAUGAGCACGGUUCCUGAAUCAAACAUCCCUCCAAAGGUAAAGACCGAAAAGGAGCUUGAAAAGGAAAGAAAAAAGGCUGAAAAGUUGGCUAAAUUUGAGGCCAAAAAGGCCAAGCAGGAAGCUUUGAAGAAAAACCAACUGGCAAACGCUGAGAAGAAAACCAAGAAGGAGAAAAAGCCUGUUGAAGAAGUCUCUGUGUAUGUAGACCAAACUCCAAAAGGAGAAAAGAAAAUUUUGGCGUCUUUGGAAGAUCCUGCUUUCAAGGCUUACAACCCCAAGAAUGUGGAAUCCUCAUGGUACGAAUGGUGGGUCAAGGAGGGACUAUUUGAACCUGAGUUUGGUCCUGACGGUAAGCCCAAGCCUGCGGGAGUUUUCAGCAUCCCCGCUCCACCUCCUAAUAUCACUGGUGCCUUACAUAUUGGACAUGCUCUAACUAUCGCUCUUCAAGACACAUUGAUUCGUUUCUACAGAAUGAAAGGUAAGACUACUUUAUACCUGCCUGGAUUUGACCAUGCAGGUAUUGCCACUCAGUCUGUGGUUGAAAAGUCAUUGUGGGCACAGGAAGGCAAGACCAGACAUGAUCUGGGCCGUGAAAAGUUCAUCGAGAAAGUCUGGGACUGGAAAGACGUUUAUCAAAAUAGAAUCAGAUCCCAGUUUGAAAAAUUGGGUGCUUCUUAUGAUUUUUCUAGAGAGGCUUUCACCUUGAACCCAAUGCUAAGUAAAGCUGUCACCGAGGCGUUUGUUAGAUUACACGAAGAUGGCACCAUUUACCGUGCGCAAAGAUUGGUCAACUGGUCUGUCAAACUAAACACUGCCAUUUCAAACAUCGAGGUCGAGAACAAGAUCAUUCCAGCUAAGACUGCUAUUUCGGUUCCUGGAUAUGAAAAUAAGAUAGAGUUUGGUGUAUUGCAUUCUUUUGCCUACCCUGUUGUUGGAUCUGAUGAAAAGUUAAUCGUAGCUACUACCCGUCCAGAGACUGUUUUUGGUGAUACCGGUGUUGCUGUUCAUCCAGACGACCCCCGUUACAAGCAUUUGCAUGGAAAGUUUGUCCAGCACCCUCUGUUGGAUCGUCAAAUUCCUAUCGUUACAGAUGCUGAGGCUGUUGAUAUGGAAUUUGGAACUGGUGCUGUGAAGAUUACCCCUGGUCAUGAUAACAACGAUUACAAUACUGGUAAGCGUCAAAAACUAGAAUUUAUUAAUAUUUUUACUGAUGAUGGAUACCUUAACGAGAACUGUGGUAAGUACAAGGGUUUGAAGAGAUUCGAUGCUCGUCAAAUUGUUAUUGAUGAUUUGAAAGCGUUGAAUCUUUACGAAGGUGAGGAGCCUAACGAGAUGACUAUUCCUACUUGUUCUCGUUCUGGAGAUAUCAUUGAGCCAUAUUUGAAACCACAAUGGUGGGUUGCCCAAGAUAAGAUGGCUGCAGAGGCUAUUAAAGCCGUCAAGGACGGAAGGAUUACCAUCACUCCUAAGGUUUCAGAAUCGGAAUAUUUCCGAUGGUUAGAAAACAUUCAGGAUUGGUGUAUCUCUAGACAGUUAUGGUGGGGACACCGUUGUCCAGUUUACUUUGUCAAUAUUGAAGGUGAGGUGAACGACGAGAAUGACGGUCAAUACUGGGUCAGUGGUAGAUCUUUGGAAGAGGCUCAAGAAAAAGCUUCUGCCAAGUUUGCUGGAAAGAUAUUCACUCUUGAACAAGACGAGGAUGUCCUUGACACUUGGUUUUCGUCUGGAUUGUGGCCGUUUUCGACUUUGGGAUGGCCUGAUAACACUCCUGACAUGAAACAGUUUUAUCCAUUUUCUAUGCUGGAAACUGGUUGGGAUAUUCUUUUCUUCUGGGUCACCAGAAUGAUUCUUUUAGGCUUAAAGUUGACAGGAGAUGUUCCCUUCAAAGAGGUGUUCUGCCAUUCAUUGGUCCGUGAUGCACAGGGAAGAAAAAUGUCCAAAUCUCUUGGUAAUGUUGUUGACCCAUUGGAUGUCAUUAAUGGUAUCAGCUUGGAAGACUUGCAUGCAAAGCUUUUGGGAGGAAACUUGGAUCCAAGGGAGGUUGAGAAAGCUAAGAAAGGUCAGAAAGAGUCUUAUCCGAGCGGUAUCCCUGAAUGUGGUACUGAUGCUUUGAGAUUUGCUCUUUGUGCCUACACUACCGGUGGAAGAGAUAUCAACUUGGACAUUUUGCGUGUUGAAGGUUACAGAAAGUUCUGUAACAAGAUUUACCAGGCCACUAAGUUUGUUUUAAUGAGAUUAGGAGACGACUACAAACCCCCUGCUACAGGUGAUCUGACUGGGAAGGAGUCUUUGGUUGAAAGAUGGAUUUUGCAUAAGUUAUCUAAGGCUUCCAAAGUUGUUAAUGAAUCCAUCGAGAAACGUGACUUCUUUGAAGCCACUAAUGCCAUUUACCAGUUCUGGUUAUACGAACUUUGUGACGUUUACAUUGAGAAUUCCAAGUAUCUGAUAACAGAAGGUACUGCUGACCAAAAGAAAUCGGCUCAGGACACAUUAUUCACCUGUAUUGAUGCUGCUUUGAAAUUGAUCCAUCCCUUCAUGCCAUUUUUGACCGAAGAGAUGUGGCAAAGAUUGCCCCGUCGUGAGGCCGAGAAGAGCAUAAUCUCUAUUUCCAAAGCUCCAUACCCAGAGUACAAUCCUUCUUACGAUGAUAUUUCGUCUGAAUCAAACUACGAACAAAUUUUGGAAAUUACCAGAGCCGCAAGAUCAUUGUUUGCUCAAUACGGAAUCACUAAGGAAGGUAAGCUGUACAUUGAGUCCGCUGACGCUGCAGCUUACAAAUUAGCCUCAGAAGAAAAGCAUUCUAUUGUGUCAUUGAUUAAACCAGUUAAUGAUUUGAUUGUUAUUGACUCUCCUGAGAAGGUUCCUGAAGGAUGUGCUUUACAAUCUGUUACUCCUAAGAUCAAUGCCCACAUUCUAGUCAAGGGACAAGUAGACCUGGACGCUGAAAUACUCAAGACCCAAAACAAAGUUUCCAAGGUGGAAAAAUCAUUGCAAGCUCUAGAAAAGACUUUAGCCUCAAGUAACUACGCUAGUAAAGCCUCCAAGGAAAUUCAAGAGCAAGAUCAAACUAAGAAACAGAACUUCAUUUCCGAAUUGGAGGGACUCAAUGCUACGAUUGCAAACUUGCAACAGCUCAAGUUGUAA